AUAAAUUAAAACCCCCAUAACUUCACUCUUCCUCAUUAGCUAGUCUCCCUUUAAUUAAGGCUAAAUAUUUACAUAUAUUUUUCAGAAAAAUGGCAGGUUUAUUUGACAAGCAGGCAGAAGAUUACUUGGUAGCAAGGCCAACUUACCCCAAGGAAUGGUACUCCAUGCUGGCGGCUCUCACACCAAAACACUCUUUAGCUUGGGAUGUCGGCACCGGCAAUGGCCAAGCUGCUUUCUCUCUUGGAGAGCAUUAUGAGCAAGUAAUAGGAAGUGAUAUAAGUGAAUCCCAACUGAAGAGUGCACUCCAACAUCCUCGAGUUCGUUACGUUCACACUCCGGUGACCAUGUCCGAUGACGAGUUGGUUGACCUAAUAGGGGGCGAAAACUCAGUUGAUUUAGUGACCGUGGCAGAGGCCGUGCACUGGUUUGACCUCCCAAAGUUCUACUCGCUCGUCAAGAGCAUUUUGUGUAAGCCAUCUUACAUGAUUGCGGUUUGGGGCUACAAUGAUAUCGUAACACACCCAGAAAUCGAGGGUGUACUGAAGCGUUUUUAUGAAGCAAGUAAACCGUUUUGGGACCCGAAGAGAGAGUACUUGUGGGAAGGGUAUAGGACACUUCCAUUUCCAUUUGAGAGUGUUGGUUUGGGUUCUGAAGGGCAGCCUGUGGCACUGGAAAUACUAAAGGAAGUGUCAUUUGAAGGGGUGUUGAGGAUGUUAAGGUCCUCCUCUGCAGUCAAUACAGCUAAGGAUCAAGGCGUGGAUUUGUUAUCACAAGAGGUGAUUGAAGAGAUUCAAAGAGCUUGGGGAAGGCCUAACGUGGUCAGAAAUGUUACCUUCAAGGCAUUUACGCUUGCCGGAAAAGUUUAGGCUGUUAGGUAUUUUUCCCUACAAGAUAGAUAUACAGUCUUUUUUUACUACUCACACAUCUCUUGUUAAUUUCUGUCCUUUGAUUUUCUUCAAUUUAUCUGAUUCAAUGGCCGAAAAUUAGAAGAGUGUCUGAAAAGUAAAAAGAGUGUGUGGCUAUCACGCCCAUAUAUAUUUGUAUGUAUAUGUAUAUUCGUAACACUCAUUUGAACUUUGAUGACAGAGUGCUCCUUGUAAAAAAACUC